AUGGCACCUGCGCUGGAACUCCUCGAGAAGCCCAUUGAGAACCUCCCGGUCAAGACGUUCUCAGCUAAUGGCAAUGGGGCUGCUGUUGCUGGGCUCAAAUUGGAGAGUCCAGAGAGACACCAGCGGGUCAUGAAUGUCUUUCGAGCCUUCAUUGCUGACCUAUGCCAGCAAUACGGCGAGGGCCAUGCUGGAUCACCCAUGGGCAUGGCUGCUAUUGGAAUUGCUCUAUACAAGUAUGUGAUGAAGUACUCCCCAAGGAAUUGCAACUACUUCAACCGAGACCGCUUUGUUCUUUCGAAUGGCCAUGCCUGCCUAUGGCAGUAUCUCUUCAUGCACCUCGUCGGCGUCAACAGCAUGACACUCGAGCAGCUCAAAUCCUAUCACUCCGCGAGAAUCGACUCCGUGUGCCCCGGCCAUCCCGAAAUCGAGAAUGAGGGCAUAGAGGUCACAACUGGGCCACUCGGCCAGGGUCUUGCGAAUGCCGUUGGUCUUGCCAUGGCCACCAAGAACCUCGCUGCGACGUACAACAAGCCCGGCUACGAGUUGGUGAAUAAUAUGACCUGGUGCAUGGUCGGUGAUGCUUGCCUUCAGGAAGGUGUCGGUCUCGAGGCGCUCUCGCUCGCUGGUCACUGGAAGUUGAAUAAUCUCUGUGUGAUUUUCGACAACAACUCAGUGACGUGUGAUGGAACUGCAGAUGUUGCCAAUACUGAGGAUGUCAAUAUGAAGAUGCGGGCUACUGGCUUCAAUGUGGUAGACGUGUAUAACGGAGACUCAGACGUUGCCGCUGUCGUUAACAGCCUUGUUGCCGCCCGAUCAAGCGACAAGCCCACCUUUAUUAACAUCCGCACCACGAUCGGCUUCGGAUCUGCAAUUGCCGGUACUGCCGACGUACACGGAGCUGCUCUCGGAGUUGAUGAAGUGGCUAACGUCAAGAGGUCAUUCGGCCUCGACCCUAAUCAACACUUCCAUAUUCCCCAAGAUGUUUACGACUUCUUCGCCGAUAUUCCAGGUCGUGGCAAGGCCCACGAAGUGGGUUGGCAGGUGGCCUUGGAAAGGUAUCGUGAGAGAGACCCUGCACUGGCGGCCGAAUUUACACUCCGCGUCGCAGGGAAAUUGCCUGAAGACUGGACCAAAUGUAUUCCCCGCAAGGAGGAUCAACCCAUUGCGCCUACGGCCUCUCGAAAAUCAGCUGGCGUCGUGACCAACGCUCUUGGCGAGAGAAUCAAUUCAUUUUUGGUUGGCACGGCGGACCUUACUCCGUCGUGCAAUGUUGCCUACAAAAACAAGGUCGACUUCCAAUCUCCUGGUCUCCGAACUGCCUGUGGCCUAAACGGGAACUACAGUGGUCGAUAUAUCCACUACGGUAUUCGCGAACACGCGAUGUGUGCCAUAACCAACGGACUUGCCGCCUUCAACAAAGGAACAUUCAUCCCCAUGACAAGCACAUACUUCGUGUUCCAUCUAUACGCCGCUGCCGCUGUCCGCAUGGCAGCGCUUCAAGGUCUUCAGCAAAUCCAUAUCGCUACCCACGACAGUAUCGGCGUUGGCGAAAAUGGCCCCACGCACCAGCCCAUAGCCGUUGCGGCCCUCUACCGCGCCUUGCCUAACACCCUUUACAUUCGGCCCUGUGACGCUGAAGAAGUAGCCGGCUCCUACAUUGCCGCCAUCCAGGCGACCGAAACACCCACCAUUAUCUCACUCUCCCGACAGAGCCUGACUCAGUACCCUCAAUACUCCUCGCGAGAGGGAACAUUGAAAGGCGCAUAUGUCUUCAAUGAGGCAGAGGGUGAUGAUUUCGAUGUGACUUUGAUCGGCGUCGGGUCUGAGAUGUGCUUCACAAUGCAGACUCGAGGAUUGCUUCUUAGAGAUUAUGGCAUUAGGGCACGGGUUGUUUCUUUCCCUUGUACUAGGCUGUUCGAGCAGCAGUCCCGGGAGUACAAGCAGUCGGUAUUGAAGCCUCGUGCCGGGAAACCGACCGUUGUUAUCGAGGCCUUCCCGUCCAACGGAUGGGAGCGCUAUGCUGAUGCCUCGGUAUCAAUGAAUAGCUUUGGGAAGAGCCUUCCCUCCAAGGAAAUAUAUGAGCACUUUGGAUUUACGCCGGAGAAGAUCGCACCUAAGGUCAAGGAUCUAGUGGAGGACGUUAGGAGGGAUGGAAUCGGGAUCCUCAGAGGCGAUUUCAGAGAUUUGAACGGUUGUCUGCGGAUUGGAUUUGAACAUUGA